AUGGCGAGCGUGGCUACUCUCACGUCCAAGCGAGGUGGCAAUCGCGGUGCGGUCACUCGACUCAUCACCAAACUUUCCGACAUCAUCACCGAUGCUACCAUGCACAGAGACCGAAAAAUCUACGAACUCAACAAGAAGUUGGAAGAUCUUCACGACAAAAUAAAGGUAGUUGAAGCCGCAGAAGUAGCACCAGCUGCUGCUGCCUCUGCGGCUGCAGCAGCAGCUGCCAAUCCAAAUCCUCCAGCACCUACAAUCACUCCAACCAUCAACGUGACCACUGCCACCGAUUCAAGUCAUCUCCCCAAGUUUAAUCUCCCUGAAUUUGGUGGAAAUAUUCUACUCUGGAAUGCGUUCUGGGACGUAUUCGAAGUGGAAGUUCAUCUCAAAAAGAGCUACUCCAAUGCUACUAACGUUUUGGGCCAGCCGGCGAAGAUCAUCAUGGCUCACAUGCGAGCGCUAGUGGCCUUACCGAAGCCCGGAACUGACCGAGCUUCGUUAAGGAAGUUUGUGGAUUCUCUGGAGUCGCACAUCCGUGGACUCGAAGCUCUGAACAAGACGCCAGAUUCAUAUGGCGAUCUGCUCGUCUGCAUCCUUCUCGACAAACUCUCAGCUGAUCUGCGUCGUAACCUGGCACGACAAAGUGACGCCGCUGAGUGGGACCUCGAUAUCCUUCGAAAGAGCCUGCUCAAAGAAAUCGAAAUUCUCGAAGACAGUGAAAGUUCAAUCUCCCACUCAUCGGCAUUAAAACCUCCCAAAAAGACAAACGUCAUGCUCUUGGGAGCAAAGCCAUCUACAAAAGAGUUUCCCCAUCGCAAGCUCUUUUGUCCCUUUUGCACCGGAGAUCAUUGGCCCACCGACUGCGAUACAGCAAAAACUGUGGAAGAGCGGUACGACAUCGCAAAGGUAAAAAAGCUCUGUUUUAACUGUUUAAGAAAGAUGCAUCAGGCAUCAUCCGAUUGCCCAUCCAAGUAUCGCUGUCGUGUAUGCAAUCGAGCUCAUCAUACCAGUCUGCACAAAGCCGAUCCUUCUAGAGUUACUGGCGCUACUAUUCUUUCUUGGUCUCCCCCAACGUCAGUGGUGUUAUCGGCCACAGACGUUGUAGAACAAAACUCUUUUGUAUUUUUGGAAACGGCAAUUGCCAAAGUUCAGUCACAAUUUGUUAAAUUGGAUGGCAACAUUUUAGUCGACAAAGGUGCUCAACGCACAUUCAUCACGUCAAAGCUGGCUAAAUUGUUGAAUCUACCACCUCUCAGACGUGAGAGCCUCAUUCUUUUCGGUUUCACUUCGUGCCGUGGAGUUGCCGAACACUACGACGUCGUACAAUUCUCUAUUAUCGAUCGGCAUGGAUCUCCCAUCGUUGUGCAAGCGAUCGUCAUUCCUCACAUCGUGGACCCUCUCUCCGAUCCACAUCGAGCCGAGUUGUUGUCUCUUCCCCAUCUGAAAAGGCUCAAGUUGGCACACCCAGUGUCGACAAAAUCAACAUUCGAGGUGGAUAUUCUAGUAGGUGCAGACACCUACUGGAAUAUCGUUGGUGAUCAGGUCAUCCGUGGAUCUGGCCCAACGGCCGUUGACUCAAAAAUCGGCUAUCUCAUCUCUGGACGUCUACAAUAUUCAGGUGAAAAAGUCGAGCAGAAAACUGUUGGUCUGCAUAUCUCGGUGGAAGAAGCACUCGACGUCACUAAAUUCUGGAAUCUUGAGACCCUGGGAAUCCAGCCGGAUCUGGAGUCAACAAAGACAACUGAGUUUUAUCAAAAGAAUUCAGUCGAGUUUCGUGAUGGAAAAUACGUCGCGAAGCUUCCUUGGAGUGAAAAUCAUCCGCCCCUCUCGUCCAAUCUACAAGUUUGCCAAAAGCGAACGAGAGGGACCGUCAACCGACUAGCAUCAAAAAAUCCAAAUGGACUCAAGCUCUACAGCAAAAUCAUUCUAGAACAGCUGGACCGAGGCUUCAUCGAGAAGGUUCCAUCUAGUGAAAUGAGCAAGCCAUCUCAUUACAUUCCUCACUUCGGAGUGUUUAAAGAGUCGGCUACUACACCCCUUCGUAUUGUCUACGAUUGUUCUUGCAAAACUUCAGCUGGAGUGAGUUUGAACGACUGCCUCGAAAUUGGCCCUCCACUACAGAACGUCAUGAUGGCUAUUCUUCUCCGUUUUCGCGCACACACAAUCGGCUUGACAGCCGACAUUGAAAAGGCGUUUCAUCAAGUUGGUCUACACGAGCAGGAUCGAGAUUUCGUGCGGUUCCUUUGGCUAAAGGACCCAUACGACUCAAAAUCGGAUUUCGAGUCGUACCGUUUCCGCGUGAUUCCGUUUGGUGCCAGCAGCUCGCCCUUCAUCCUCCUGUCAGUGAUCAAAAAACAUCUACAAGAUAGUUCAUCGCUACUAGCUGACGACAUCAAUCGCAACAUUUAUGUCGACAACCUCAUCUCAGGCUGUGAAACUUCCGAAGAUGCAGUGUCUUACUUUUCUGAAGCCAACAAUGUUGAGAGCAGCAAAAGUGAAGGAGUCGGCGACAAAUCUCAAGUCACUAAAGUCCUUGGCCUCGACUGGGAACGUGAAGAAGAUCGUCUUCAUGUUCCCUGUGUUAAGCUCUCUCAUCUUUCACAUCCACAAACUUCGAAACGGGAAGUGUUGCGUGGCAUCUCAGCUACCUACGACCCUCUUGGCUUCAUUACUCCCCUCACCAUUCCAGCAAGAAUGCUCAUCCAGGAAAUUUGGAAACUCAAGCUGGAUUGGGACGAUCCCAUUCCAUUUGAGCUGAUAGAAAGAUGGAAAGGAAUCGCAACUUCCAUCGAAGACUCAAAAACUUCUUUCAAUCGCUCUUACUUCAAGACUGGAGAAAUCAAAGAGCUCCAUGUUUUUGUUGAUGCAAGCCAACUGGCCUACGGGGCCGUCGCAUAUUUUUGCAAUGACGACUCCUCUUCGUUCGUGUUCUCCAAGUCUCGCGUCGCCCCGCUGAAAACGGAGAAAAAGUUACUAACCAUUCCGCAGACCGAGUUGAUGGCAGCUGUCAUCGGAACCCGUGUCGCGUCAUCCAUUCUCAGUGCUCUCCUUCCCCUAGGCCUCAAGCCAAACUGUUAUCUGUGGUCAGACAGUCAGAUUGUGCUCUACUGGAUCCAAAAAAUGGGAAAAAUCAAGUGUCAAUUCGUCCACAACCGAGUCGAGACCAUCCGCAGUUUCACUCGAGAUACUAAUGCUUCAUGGAACUACUGUCCCACCACUUGCAAUCCGGCGGAUCUUCUAUCUCGUGGUUCUACUCUCCGUCAGUUCCUCUCUUCCGACAUCUGGCUAACCGGACCUUCGUGGCUUCCAAAGAGAAGUGAGUGGCCGUCGUGGGAGGGAAACUGCGAACCAGCGGCAGUGUUUCACCUGUCAGUCAUCACUAGUGCAUCAGCAUCCAAUACACCACCCUCCCACGACGGAGGAAUCGGGAAGAUUCUCGACAUAUCGAGAUACAAGUUCUCUUAUCUCAUAAGAGUUACCGCGAUUGUCCGACGAUUCGUUGGAAAUAUCAAGCUAAAAGACAAGUCUCGAGCAAGCUGGAAGUUAGGCUACAUCACUGUUUCCGAACUGCAAGAAGCAGAAAAGGUUUGGCUUCUUGCAGUUCAAAAAUCGUACUUUACUGAAGAAAUCAACUACUGCGUGAAGCCAACCGUAAAGCGUCCAGCUCUCGUUUCUCAACUGGAUCUUUUUAUCGGUCAAGAUGGCCUGUUGCGCUGCAACGGCCGUCUCUCCAAUUCUCAACUAAAGAAAGACGCAAAGCACCCUAUCCUGCUACCAAAGAAUUCUACUUUCUCCACUCUCGUCAUAGCCGCUCAUCACGCUUUGAUGAUGCACGGAGGAGUAAAAUUAACGGUGGCAUCAAUUCGCCAGCGCUAUUGGAUCCCGCAAAUCGUCCAAAGUGUCAAAAAGUGUUUAAAAAAGUGCGUUAACUGCAGCCGUGUAAGAGGACCCCCUUACACGGCUCCAAACCAUGCCCCACUUCCAGUGUCGCGUUCAUCAUAUUCUUUUCCAUUCACCGUGACCGGCAUCGAUUUCACGGGAGCGUUCACCAUACGAGGUCCCAAAGAAGCUCCAAAAGUAGACCGGACGGUCUACAUUCUACUGUUCACCUGUGCGUCUACUCGCGCUAUUCAUCUGGAAGUAGUCGAGGAUAUGACCACACUUUCCUUUCUGGACGCCUUCCGCUGCUUUGUCUCUCACCAUUCUCGCCCAGCUGUCAUCAUGGCACCGUGGUACGGUGGCUUUUGGGAAAGGCUGAUUGGCCUUGCCAAAAGUGCUCUUUCAAAAAUUCUCGGUCGUACCAAACCUACACUCAGUGCAUUUCGAGCCCUCGUCGCCGACGCUGAAGUAGUGCUGAACGAUCGCCCUCUUGAAAAUCCGUCGAGCAGCAUCGGCGACGUAGAGUCACUUUCUCCAGCUCAUCUGAUGUAUGGCCGACGGCUCAACACACUACCCUACAGCGAAGAAACAAACGAAGAAAAGUUUGAUGCAUCAUACGGCGAAAAACCGGACGAGCUGAAGAGAGCCAUCACCCGCCAUCAGACUCUGCUUCAACAUUUCGAAAAACGUUUUCUGGCUUCCUAUCUCCCUGCUCUUCGCGAGUACCAUCAAGCAACGAAAAAGAAUAAUCCAACAGUCAUCAAAGAAAGAGAUGUUGUUCUCGUUCACGACGAAAAACCACGAAAAGAUUGGAAAAUGGCUGUCGUCGAGAAGCUCAUUCGCAGUCAAGAUGGACAGAUUCGAGCUGCCGACAUCCGCACGGCAAACGGAAAAACUAAUCGCCCCAUCUCCAAGCUCUACCCACUACAAGUUGCUGAACCGUCGGACGAUCCGGCCGCAUCGUCCGACGGCCCACUUUCGGAUCCAGCUCCGUCGUCGCCUUCUAGACCAACCCGAAAAUGUGCCGCCCAAACCAACGCAGCGAUCAAGAAAAUCUUCGAACAAGAAGACGCUGAGUAG